AUGGCGCAGCCCUCCAGCCCGGGCGGCGAGACGCCGCAGCUCGGCGCGACGGGGGACUCCCGGGACGCGCUGAGCCUGGAGGAGAUCCUGCGGCUCUACAACCAGCCCAUCAACGAGGAGCAGGCGUGGGCCGUGUGCUUCCAGUGCUGCGGCUCCCUGCGCGCCGCCGCCGCCCGCCGCCAGCCCCACCGCCGCGUGCGCUCGGCCGCGCAGAUCCGCGUCUGGAGGGACGGGGCCGUCACCCUGGCGCCCGCCGCCGGCGAAGAAGGAGAGCCGCCCCCCGCCUCCGGUAAAUUGGGAUAUUCACAUUGUACAGAAACAGAGGUUAUUGAAUCCCUGGGAAUUAUUAUUUAUAAAGCAUUGGACUACGGCUUGAAGGAAAAUGAAGAGAGGGAGCUGAGCCCUCCUCUAGAGCAGCUCAUCGACCAAAUGGCCAACACUGUGGAGGCUGAUGGUAACCACGAUGAGGGAUAUGAGGCCGCAGAUGAAGGCCCUGAGGAUGAAGAUGGAGAAAAGAGAAACAUCUCAGCUAUUCGUUCCUAUCAAGAUGUCAUGAAGAUAUGUGCUGCUCAUCUCCCAGCUGAGUCGGAGGCACCAAAUCAUUAUCAGGCAGUAUGUCGAGCACUGUUUGCAGAAACCAUGGAACUGCAUACAUUUCUGACCAAAAUUAAGAGUGCAAAGGAGAAUCUUAAGAAGAUUCAAGAAAUGGAAAAGACUGAUGAAUCUAGCACAGACCUGGAGGACCUGAAAAAUGCAGACUGGGCACGAUUCUGGGUACAGGUGAUGCGGGAUUUGCGAAAUGGGGUAAAGCUUAAGAAGGUCCAACAGCGGCAGUACAACCCGUUGCCCAUUGAAUACCAGCUUACCCCUUAUGAGAUGCUCAUGGAUGACAUUCGGUGCAAAAGAUACACCUUGAGGAAAGUAAUGGUCAAUGGUGACAUCCCCCCUCGGUUAAGAAAGAGUGCUCAUGAGAUCAUCCUUGACUUCAUCAGAUCAAGACCUCCUUUAAAUCCAGCAUCAGCCAGGAAAUUGAAACCAACCCCACCCCGACCACGAAGCCUCCAUGAAAGAAUAUUAGAAGAAAUUAAAGCAGAAAGAAAGCUGAGACCUGUGUCACCAGAAGAAAUUAGGCGGAGCAGACUAGAUGUCACUACCCCAGAAUCUCCAAAGAAUGCUGGGGAAUCAUCAUUGGCGAAUGGAAGCUUAACAUCUCAAACAAAGGAAAAUGGGCUGAGCGCUGCCCAAGCCGGGCCUGCGCAGCGGAAGAAACUCCUCAAAGCUCCAACCCUGGCUGAGCUGGACAGCUCUGACUCUGAGGAGGAAACUCUGCACAAGUCAACCAGCAGCAGCAGUGCAUCUCCCUCCCUCUAUGAGGACCCAGUAUUGGAGGCCAUGUGCACAAGAAAGAAGCCUCCGAAAUUCUUGCCUAUCUCGUCAACACCCCAGCCAGAGAGACGGCAACCACCCCAGAGGCGCCAUUCCAUUGAAAAGGAAACACCCACCAACGUGAGGCAGUUUCUGCCGCCAUCCAGGCAGAGCUCGCGCUCUCUUGUCCCUAGGAUAACCAGUGUAUGGCCAAGGACGCCUUUCCGACCGCUUUUCUCUACCAUACAAACAGCUUCUCUGCUGAGCUCUCAUCCUUUUGAAGCAGCCAUGUUUGGGGUAGCAGGGGCUAUGUAUUAUCUGUUUGAGAGAGCUUUUACCAGCAGGUGGAAACCCUCAAAGGAGGAAUUCUGCUACCCAGUGGAGUGCCUCGCUCUCACUGUGGAGGAAGUGAUGCACAUCCGUCAGGUCCUGGUGAAGGCGGAGCUGGAAAAGUACCAACAGUAUAAAGAUGUCUACACUGCCCUGAAAAAAGGAAAGCUUUGCUUCUGUUGCCGAACCCGGAGGUUUUCCUUCUUCACGUGGUCUUACACCUGUCAGUUCUGUAAGAGGCCCGUGUGCUCACAGUGUUGCAAAAAGAUGCGGCUGCCCUCCAAGCCAUAUUCCACUCUACCUAUCUUCUCGUUGGGACCUUCUGCCUUGCAAAGGGGGGAAAGUUGUACGAGGUCAGAAAAACCCUCCACUGGUCACCAUAGGCCACUUCGGAGUAUCGCCAGGUUUUCCUCAAAAUCGAGGUCGGUGGACAAAUCAGAUGAAGAACUCCAGUUUCCCAAAGAAUUGAUGGAGGACUGGAGCACAAUGGAGGUGUGUGUGGACUGCAAAAAGUUCAUCUCCGAAAUCAUCAGCUCAAGCCGGCGCAGCCUGGUGUUGGCCAACAAAAGAGCCCGGUUGAAAAGGAAGACACAGUCUUUCUACAUGUCCUCAGCGGGCCCCUCGGAGUACUGCCCCUCAGAAAGGACUAUCAAUGAGAUCUGAGCCCUGUGCCUUCCCUUUGCGUUUGUGUCCAGGGCAGCCUCAGUGCAGCCGUGCUGCAGGACUCUUCCCAGGGGUUUUCCUUAGCAGGCUUCAUCCGCAACAGGUCAGGCUUGUGCUGCACCUUGUGGACAGACGCAAGGCUGUGUUCAUAUCGGUUGAUGGUACGAGGCAGGUCAGCCAGUUGUUCAUUUGCACUCAGAAAGCCUAAAACUUGAUUUUGUGUGUGUGAAUAGGGAAGCCAGACACUUCCUUAGUUCGGUUCCUCGAUGUUCUUCAGAUAAUUUCCUGACUAAGGCAAAAAGCUUCUUGUGUGUGAAGUCGGUCUGACAGAGUGUUGAUGUUAGCACAGUUCUAAGCAGUAAGUCAUAUUGGCAUUCCACUCAACAGUGUUCCUAUCCAUGUACAUAAUGGUCCAAAGCCCUCACACUCCGGCUCCCUGGGGUGGGCCAGGGUGGCUGUUGUCUCACAGCACAGACCUAGAAGGCCUUGCUGACACUCUCCUCCAGGUGAGCCAUACAGGUGGCCACUUCUGUAAGUUGCUGGGUCUGCCCAGCUACCAUGCCUCAGUGUCUCCCUAGCUGCUAACAGGCCUCCAUUCCCUGUUGUGAAUGUAUUAUGGUUCUGAAUAGUUUUAUAAUACACAUUUAAGAAUUAAAAUUUUGUGACGUUUGAGGAUAAAGGAAGACUAAAAUUUUGUCAAGCAGCUUAGUGUGUUGGUGACGGUGGCAGGUGUGGCUGUAGAGGGUUCCACAGAAAGGAGCCGCAGCUCAGACGGUUUCAGCAACAUUUUCCAUAACUUUAUAGUGUGGCCAUCAUGACUCAAUUAACCACAGUUUGGUACCUGAGACUCAAACUGAAGAUUAUUUUUAUAAAUGAAUUUUAAAAGAAAAAUCCUGACUCUUUAAAACUUCAAGAAAACUAACCUGCUGCCAUGUGUAAUUUUUGGAUGCUUUUCACCAGCUCUUGUGAGUGCUCCUGAGCGUCUGAGCAGGGCCAGUUGGCCAGUAGUGUGGGUUCCUGUGACUCACGCCAUUGUCUGCCCCUCGUUCCCAUAUGCCUAGAAAUAGCCAGGCAAUCAGAUUGCCACUAAUGUUUGGAAAAUCAGUUAAAGCACAUGCACAGUAAUUCCUGAAAGCUACUAAAAACACUCUCAUAGUCACCACCGAUGGCAGCUCCAUUUAAUAAAGGGCAUGACAUUUGCAUUUCAUACCAACAUCAAGGUAAAAUAACAUUUCUACAUUAAAUUGACAGCGACACCUCAGAAAUGAUCCCGUAGUCAUUUCUACUGCAUUGAAAUUUAUAGUUUAGUAAAUGCCUUUAAAUUACUUAACAACUGAUGAAAUAAACUUUACCAGUUGUCUAAAGUCA